UGUACUAGUUAUAAAUAAUUUAUUGUUGAUUAACAACGUUUCGAGAAUAGCCUGAAAUUCAACAGACUUAUUUGCUACAAAAUAAUAUGUGCAUUAGAAACAGUCUAUAUCCUUUACGGCGAGAGUGAACAACUUUGUUUGACUCUACUCAGCAUUCGAUGUUAAAUAAACAAGAUCGCUCACUCGCGGCAGAGCUUCAAGCUUAGCGCUGCUGAGUUCAAACCUGGUUAGCAGAGCUUGUGGGCGAGCAUCUUGAUCUCUGAUCUGCUUUUAUACUGACAGGUGGCAAACUCAUAAUAAAGGAUCGCAAAAAUUACCAGUCUGUAGAAACAUGUGCAAUUCAUUAUGAAACUUUGAGUGAUACGUAAUAAGAAAUGCCACUACAUCGUAUUAUUUGGAAUUAUGAGCAUAUGACUUCAAACAGCAGAUAACUUAGGACCAAGAUGAAGAAAAUGAAGACUAUGGGGGUCGGUGCAGUGGUAAUAAGGAGUUAUUGUUGAAACCACAACUCAGAACAGUUAUAUGUUGCCAACCAAAAUCGAGGACUGCUACUAGUUGAGACUUGAAGAAUUGUUUUAGAAAAAAUUGACAGUGUUAGGCCAUGGUCGAUUGGACAAAGACAAGGUUUUAUUCGUUCGGGUAUUGAGUAUGAGAGAAAUAGUAACGAUUCAGGUCGGGCAGUGUGGCAACCAAGUUGGUGAUCAGUUCUGGGAUCUUAUUUGCAAAGAACAUAACAUUGGCAGUGAUGGACAUAAAUCUAACCUUAAAGAUGGAGAAGAGAUCUCUGGAAGAACCGAAGUGUUUUUCCAUGAGCUGCAAGAUCAAAAGUAUGUGCCGAGGACAACCUUGAUUGAUCUAGAACCUGGUCCGUUAGAUGCAAUAAGAGGGGGGCCAAAUGGACUUCUCUAUCGUCCAGACAACUUUGUAUAUGGAAGUGGCGGUGCUGGCAAUAACUGGGCAACUGGAUUUAUGACAAAAGGGGCAUCCAAAGUCAAUGAAAUAUUCGACAUACUCCGAAAAGAGGCAGAGUCAGCAGACUGCCUGCAGGGAUUUCAACUGUUUCAUUCCCUUGGCGGUGGAACAGGCUCCGGCCUAGGCACAUUGAUACUUAAUCUUCUACGAGAAGAGUAUCCCGAUCGCAUUUUCUCUUGCGUCAGCGUAUUGCCAUCGCCAAAGGUUUCUGAUAUCGUAGUUGAGCCAUACAACAGUUUAUUGGCUAUGGAUCAGCUGAUUGAAUGGAGUGAUGAGGUUUUCUGCAUGGACAACGAAGCACUUUACAAUAUAUGCACAAGGAAUUUCAAAUACAAAAAAGUCUCGUAUCAAAACCUGAAUAGUUUGAUUGCACAGACGCUAAGCGGAGUGACGACAACUCUGAGGUUUCCAGGGCAGCUGAAUUCGGAUCUACGAAAAUUGGCAGUCAAUAUGAUACCAUUUCCACGUCUUCAUUUCUUUAUGGCCGGCUUGGCACCACUCCGUUCGAGUGCCUCUCAAGCAUUUUACACAGAAUCCGUAGAGGAAAUAACACGAGACUUAUUCGAAGGUAAGAACAUAAUGUGCGCGUGCAACCCAAGUGCUGGGCGAUAUCUAACAUUCGCUGCCAUGUUUCGAGGCCAAGUUGAGAUGAGGGAGGUAGAGGAGGCCAUAAUGAAAAUGCAACACAAGCACAGCGGUUUGUUUGUGGAAUGGAUACCCAAUAAUGCGAAGGUAUCUGUUUGCAAUGCACCACCUUUAGGCCAGAAGAUCGGUGCCUCGUUCCUGGCCAAUAACACCGCUCUGCAAGAUGUUAUGCAGAGGAUAAGGGACCAGUUCUGCAAGAUGUUUAAACGCAAAGCUUUUGUGCACUGGUACACAAACGAGGGUUUGGAUCCACUGAGCUUCAAUGAUGCCAGUUCAAAUCUGAGUGACCUUAUCGCAGAGUACCAGCAGUAUACCGAAGAAGCAGUGGACAGCAAAGUCCUGGACGGAAAUCUUGAUGACUCGCUUGAGGACCUUGAUUCUGGAUUCGGGAUUUGAGGGCAAAAGAAG